AUGGUGGAAAAUUCGCAAACACAUGACGGAGAGACCGUGGAGGUGUUCGCAAGUUUGACUGAAGCUGCCGACACCGAGCCAGGACUUUCUUCCAACGGCUAUGAAACAUCCAUUAAAAAUCCCCAGCAAAAUGCAGAGCCGACACCUAACAUGGACAGCGAGAAUUCAGAACCAAAAGACCUGCAGGUAGAGGAUGGAUCGAUGUAUGCAGCCCCGGAUUCUCCGACGGGUGUAGAGCAGAGUUCUGACAGAUUCCGGGAAGAAGAACACGGAAUUAAUGCAGGGGUUGAGGAUGGCAGCGUAGAGGUUAGCCACAGGGAUGAUUCCAUCGAACCUGUUGAAGAUGAAGCGAUAAAGCCUUACCAAGACGACUCAGAAAAUCCAGAAUUUGAGUCCACACCGAGAACAGAAGAAGAUGCGAACAUUGAUACCGAUUCAUUUGAUGUGUCAGAUAUCAAGGAGAGUCACGAUGUCCAACCAUUGCAUGAGGAUGAUGAGCCGGAACCCGUAGAAACCCUGGAUGCCAACCUUGACGCAACUCAGUCAGACACAUUGAGUGAACCAGGUGUCAUGGAAGAUCAAAACCUUGAGGAGCCCGCUUAUCAACCUGAUGCUAUGGAGUCGGAACAUGCCGAGGGCAGAAAUGUGGACGAAGCUCUCGACACUUACGAGGAAAGAGGUUACGAUGACGAAGAAGAUAACUCUGGAUCAUAUGGUGGUGAACAGCAUCACAUGCUUGAUCGGGAAGAAAAGUUUUCCAAUCUUCCUAGCGAUGUGGAACAGUCAGACACCGUCUUUGAGCGUGAGAGUUCUAACCCCCCUGGUGAGGUCGAGCAGUCCAAUACCGGCGUUGAGCAUACUAUAGCAGCUACGGAGGGGCAAUCGGGAGCUUACAUUGAUUACGAGCCUUCUAGAUCUCCAAGCAUUGUGGAAGAGUUAGAGAUCGUAACUGAAGACACAACCCGCAAUGCUACAGGUGGUAUGGAUGAUUUAGAAAUCGACAAUGAGGGUCUCAAAGCAUCUAAUGACAUUGAACAGCCGGAUUCCGAUAUCCAGAAUUCUAUGGAGCCCAGGAAUGAGAAGCUCGAUGAUGAAAGUGAGCCUGAGCACAAGGCUGCUGAUGAGAUGGAACAGGUAGAUGAUGGCGUCGGCUAUGCCAAAGCCACUAGUGAGGUUGAACAAUCUGAUGCCAAAAUUGAGAAUGCCUAUUCUAGGACUUCCAGCGUUGCGGAUCAGCUAGAUAACAACGUCGAAUAUGGAGAUUCUAAGUCUCCUAGUGUUGUAGAACAGUCCGGCGCCGAAAUUAGGGAUGAUGCUUCCGAAUCGUCUAGUGACAUGGAGCAGUCGGACACUGAAAGUGAGAAAGAGCGUUCUAGAGUUUCUAGUGACGUGGCUGGACCAGUUACCCUUGGUAGUGGUGAAUAUGAGUUGGAUUUUGAUGAUCAACAGUCACCAUCAACCUACAAUGAGGAACAGUUAUUACAUGAACGCGAGCGCUUAUCAUAUAUGGGAGAUGAGGGUGAAGAUAGUUACACAGAGAGAUCUGUAGCUGUUUCAUCGAAGGAUCAAUCUCCCGCAGAUAUGCUAGAAAUGUCGGGACGACAGCACGGUGACACGGAUGAUGAUAUGUACGUGAGGGAUGAGGACCAGCAGGAACACUCUGAGAAAGACGCUGAAUCGCCACGGUCAGACCAAACUAUUACGCCCAGAAAGCUUGACGACACAGAUGACGUCAUGUACGGAGACCAGCCGGCAAAUUCCGAAUCUUCAGAUGAUGACCAAUCCGAUAAGUCGACUAAUUCGGUGCGAGAGGCAUACCAUCACAAAUUCGAGGCGGAUAAAGGGGAUUCUGAUGAUUCCCGAUACUCACCUAACAUUAGCGACAGCGAGGAAGAUUUCCGCGCCGACACUCCGCGUCCUGAGAAAUCGACGCAAUCUGGAUCGCCAGAGACAGAUGGGCGUGAGAGUCGGGGGUCCAUGCAAUCAGAUGAGCCGUCGGGUUCCGAGACUUCAAAGAACAGCACAGCGAACAGCGAAGCAGGAGGUGAAACUUCUGCAAAAUUGUACAAUGUGUCUAAAAAGUCUUCACGAAGGCGCAGCGAGAAGAUAACGCCGGGCACCAGCGAGAAUCCGCUCGACAUCACCGACCUCAUAGUGGACUCUGGGAGCUUACUACAGCUCUACCAAAACGACUACUUCGACGCCUAUAUGCACAUGCACCACCUGUAUUACAGGAAGGAGGCGGGUGUGCACGAAUAUCUGGUGAACCUCCUGUAUUCGAAGCGCACUGACAAUGAGGUGAUGUUCUACUUGCCACAGCUCUGCCAGCUUUCUAUUUCAAAGUACGGCAAGUCUUCGCUGCACAGGUUCCUGCUGGACAAAGCGUCUACUUCAAUGCAUUUCGCGUUGAAGCUGUCGUGGUUUUAUCAAGCCAUUAUAUCGGAUCAAGCCUCUAAAAUAGGCCACCUGGCGCAAAAAAUGACGCAGGAAACGGAGAUGGCUGUCGUCAACAGCAAACUCAUAUCCCCGGUAUCAACCUGUCUACCUCCAACGGAGGACAGGGAGCUCAACCUGUGCUCCAAGGGCUUGCUCAUUCGCAGGGUAAUCAUCAGGGCAAUACGUGCUGGUCACGACAGCGGCUUCAACACAUCGACCGCAGUGGAGGAUCUCGAAAGGCCAAGGCUGCCUCCGCAACUGAACAACAGCGAGUUGGUCCUAACGUGCUCAACCUCCAAGGCGAAAUUCCACACGCCUUACGCGAAAAUUGGAAACCCUCUCGAGCUGGAUAUGCACCCGUAUGUAGACUGCCCCGACUCAAUGCAGUUCGAACUGGAACGCCUGAUGCUGAAGCAGCGAAGACUCGACUAUUUCAACAUGCUCAGCAACUUCGUCAAGCUGUGCAUGGACAUCUCUAAGUUGCUGACAACCGUGUCAAAGCGUGACGCGCGGCAGCCACUGCUGGCACUCUUCGCAAAGUCGAUGAACGAGUGGAUGCUAAUGCAGCGAUGCACCGUUGCGGCGUAUGAGGAAAGCUUCGCGUACAAGGGGUUGUCUCUGCCCAUGCGUAAAAUGGGGAGGGAUAAUCGCACCGGAAUUCCCUUCCAAUUCCUGCGCAUCGUGGAGGAGGAGACAAAGAUCUUCCUGUCGAAGAAACGCGCGCCUUUCGUGUUCUACUUUGAAAUCGCAAACCUAGACGAGGAUGUGAGGCAAAUAUCGCGCUCCGAUGACCGCAAUGCCAUCACUGAUGCCACUUUCAGGGACCUCGGCGUGUACGUGGCCAUCGUGAAGGACCUUGUCUCAUCGGGAUUGCUGGACGUCGCCGACGUCUCCUGCAUACAGAACCCGCUGGACUGCAUCAGGUACACAAUGGGCAUGUUGCCACCGGAUGUUCUGAAGCGCUACGAGGAGCGUAAGAUGGAGUUCAAGAAUGGGUCCAUGGACAGCUGGCGAGGAGGUGAUGACGAAGACGCCUCCUUCCUCAUAUCAUCUGUCCAUGAAAUGUCUCUAGGCGCCACCGACGAAUAUGGCGAAAACAGCGCCCGCGGUGAGCAGUCUCCUGCCAGAUCAUCGUCGGUAAUGGAAACGAAAUACCCGCUCAUCAACAAGAUGUCAGCGCGGGAGGCCAAGGCGGUCAUAUUCCCUGAAUUGCUGGAGGAUAAAAAGAAGCGCAUCAGGCAAUACAGUCCUUACGGUAAGCUAGAAACGUGGAAUGUGCGUGCUGUCAUCAUCAAGGGAGGCGACGAUCUCAGGCAGGAGUACAUGGUCAACCAGCUGCUGACACUGUUCCAGCAAAUUUUCGCCAACGCCCAACUGCCACUCUGGCUGAGGCCCAUCGAGAUUCUAGUAACCGGGCCGAAUUGCGGUAUCAUAGAGUUCUUGCACGACACGUGCUCUGUGGACGUCGUGAAGCGCAAAUUCAACGUGGAAUCGAUUGCCAAGGCGUUUGAGCGCAUCUUUGCCGACAACAUCUUCGAGGCCCGCAAGAAUUUCAUCGAGAGCCACGCAGCGUAUUCCGUAGUGUCCUACCUGCUGCAGAUCAGGGACAGACAUAACGGCAAUAUACUGCUCGACAGCGAGGGACACGUCAUCCAUAUCGACUACGGGUUCUGCCUCUCCAACACGCCCGGCAACAUAAGCUUCGAGACUUCGCCGUUCAAGCUCACCAAGGAGUACGUUGACGUGAUGGGCGGUGACACAGCGGACAACUUCGAGUACUUCAAGACUCUGGUCAUCCGCGGGCUGCUGGAGUCCCGGAAAUACAUGGACCGUAUCGUGUUGCUGGUCGAAAUGAUGACCGGCGCCUACAAGAUGCCGUGCUUCGCUGCCGGAACGGCCUACACCAUGGAUAUGCUCAGGGAGCGUUUCAUGCUCAACCUCUCGGAGGAUGUGUGUAUCGACCGGAUCAUGGCGAUGAUCGACGAGUCGCUGAAUAACUUCACUACCAUUCAGUACGACAACUUCCAGCGGCUCACGAAUGGAAUUAAGUAA